CAUCUUAAGUCUACAAGUCUAUUUUCCAAGCCCUACACUGGGCUUUACUCUCAAGUGGAGUUCAUGUCUUGUGAAACAUGUAAUGCUGAGCAAAUGAGAAUAUGAACCUGUAGACUGAAGUCAUCUAAAAUGCUUGUAGAAGCUGUGUAUUUUCAGUUGCUUUUUAACACAUUUGAGUAUUACACUUUUUUCUUCAAUAACAUCUGUGUGUUUUUUCUUGAAUGCAACCUUUUACGAAACCUUCGAUGAUGCUAUUGUCCUUAAGGUUUGUUAACUACGUGCUGUCUCUCUCCUUUUUUGAAGACGACUUGUAUAAGUUGCUUUUUAAACACAAUCUGACUUCAAUGUCUGCAACUGACAGUGAACAGUGUUUGAAAACUUUUUCACAUAAUCAAAUUGCUGCAGUUUGAUUGCUCUCACACAAUGAUCAUAUGCUUUGUAUGUGUCUUUUCUUGGAGUUACCCCCUCGACCAGAACUGUUUGACUUCCAUGGAGUCUCAAUGACUCACUAUUUCACAGACAACUGGGAGAACAUUCAAAACUUCCAGGCCAGGCCAGAUGAUAUACUCAUUGCGACAUACCCUAAAGCAGGAACCACAUGGGUCUCCUACAUCCUCGACCUGCUGUAUUUUGGUCAGACAGAGCGUCAAAGAACCGUUCCAAUCUUUGAGAGAGUGCCUUUCCUGGAGGUUAUUUUUCCACCUUUGGGUGCAGGAACAGAUCUGGCAGACAACCUCCCCACCUCUCCUCGACUCAUUAAAACUCACUUGCCAGUCCAGUUUGUGCCAAGGUCCUUCUGGCAGCAAAACUGCAGGGUUGUCUAUGUGGCCCGCAAUGCCAAAGACAACAUGGUGUCUUAUUUUCACUUUGAUCGCAUGAACAGGGGUCAACCAGAGCCUGGAGACUGGAGCAACUACAUCCACAGAUUCAUGGAGGGAAAGCUGGCAUGGGGAUCCUGGUACGACCAUGUUAACAACUGGUGGAAGAAAAAACAGAGUUAUCCAAAAAUGCAUUUCAUGUUCUACGAAGAUCUGAUUGAGGACACUGGACGGGAAGUAGACAAACUAUGCAGCUUUCUUGGUUUGUCUCGUUCAGACGAGGAGAAGAAAAGAGUCACAGGUGGAUCACAGUUUGAUAAUAUGAAAAAGGACGACAUGGCCAACUAUUCUUCAAACCCAGUUAUGGAUUUCAAAAUCUCUCACUUCAUGAGGAAAGGUAAAGUUGGGGACUGGAAGAACCACUUCACUGUUUCCCAGAAUGAAGAGUUUGAUGAAGACUACAAGAAAAAGAUGACGGACCCCACACUUCGCUUCUGCACUGAAAUUUGAACACAACUAGACAGGCUGUGUGUAUGCGGAGAAUCGUCCAUAACUGACAGGAAAUGUGGCAUUUCUUUGAGAAAAUGAGGUUACAGUUACCUCUAAUGCAGUGGUUCUCCAUAUUUUUCUGUCAUGCCCCAGUUCAUGACCCUCCGACCCACAAUUUUUUAAUCACUUGUUAACAAUAAUAUGGGAAGCAAUUGAUAAAAAAAGGAUGCAUGUUAAAUUUUAUUGAAAUAAAAUAAAUAAAGGUGUGGAGCAUUUCUUA